CCUCAGCGGUCAUUCAUUAUAAAGCCUCAGCGUCUCCGUCUCUUUCCACCUUCAGCCAUUUUGACAAUGUUGGGAGCUGUGGGACGCUGCUGCACCGGGGCUCUGCAGGCUCUCAAGCCUGGGGCCCAGCCCUUGAAGGCUCUCAUCGGAUCCCCAGCCGUCCUUUCGCGCAGAGAAUAUGCCGCACCUGCCGCCGCCGCCAGCGUCGCCACCGGGCGCAUUGUGGCCGUCAUCGGUGCCGUCGUCGACGUCCAGUUCGACGAGGGCCUCCCUCCCAUCCUCAACGCCCUGGAAGUCGCCGGCAGGGAGUCCAGGCUAGUCCUGGAGGUGGCUCAGCAUCUUGGGGAGAACACGGUGCGUACUAUUGCUAUGGAUGGUACUGAAGGUCUGGUCCGUGGACAGAAAGUUUUGGACACCGGUGCUCCCAUCAGAAUCCCAGUGGGUCCCGAGACCCUUGGCAGGAUUAUGAAUGUGAUUGGCGAGCCCAUUGAUGAGAGGGGUCCAAUCUCCACCAAACAGACCGCCCCUAUCCACGCUGAGGCUCCUGAAUUCACAGACAUGAGCGUGGAGCAGGAGAUUCUGGUGACGGGCAUCAAGGUGGUGGACCUGCUGGCCCCCUACGCCAAGGGAGGAAAGAUCGGUCUGUUCGGUGGUGCUGGUGUGGGCAAGACCGUGUUGAUCAUGGAGCUGAUUAACAACGUGGCCAAGGCCCACGGUGGUUACUCCGUGUUUGCCGGCGUGGGAGAGCGUACCCGCGAGGGAAACGACUUGUACCAUGAGAUGAUUGAGUCCGGCGUCAUCAACCUGAAGGACACCACCUCCAAGGUGGCGCUGGUGUACGGACAGAUGAACGAGCCCCCCGGCGCCCGUGCCAGAGUGGCUCUGACCGGACUGACCGUGGCCGAGUACUUCCGUGACCAGGAGGGUCAGGACGUGCUGCUCUUCAUCGACAACAUCUUCCGCUUCACACAGGCCGGCUCUGAGGUGUCUGCCCUUCUGGGUCGUAUCCCCUCUGCUGUGGGUUACCAGCCCACUCUGGCCACUGACAUGGGUACCAUGCAGGAGAGAAUCACCACUACCAAGAAGGGUUCAAUCACAUCUGUGCAGGCCAUCUAUGUGCCCGCUGAUGAUUUGACUGACCCCGCCCCCGCCACCACCUUCGCUCACUUGGACGCCACCACUGUGCUGUCCCGUGCCAUCGCUGAGCUGGGUAUCUACCCCGCUGUGGACCCCCUGGACUCCACCUCCCGUAUCAUGGACCCCAACAUCGUCGGUGCCGAGCACUACGACGUCGCCCGUGGCGUGCAGAAAAUCCUCCAGGACUACAAAUCCCUGCAGGAUAUCAUUGCCAUCCUGGGUAUGGAUGAGUUGUCUGAGGAGGACAAGCUGACAGUGGCCCGCGCCCGCAAGAUCCAGCGUUUCCUGUCCCAGCCCUUCCAGGUGGCCGAGGUGUUCACUGGCCACUUGGGCAAACUGGUGCCCCUCAAGGAAACCAUCAAGGGCUUCAAGGCCAUCCUCGCUGGUGAGUACGAUCCCCUGCCCGAGCAGGCCUUCUACAUGGUCGGCCCUAUCGAGGAAGUGGUCCAGAAAGCCGAGAAACUGGCCGAGGAGCAUUCAUAAACAUCCAAACAACGUUGAGGGGAGUUGAAACAAAAGGAGAGGAGGGGCGGGGGUCCUGCAGUUAGGAGCACUUGGUUUGUAAAACAUGUCAAAAUGCAAAUGUACCUGUCUCGUCAUCUUAAGAAAAAAAGUUCUAUUUAAUGUUUCCAAUGAAAGAUGGAAUAAAACGUCUGUCUUUACAUAAAAAAAACAAACUUGUCUACUGUACAUUUCCUUUUAAUAGUUGAGACAUGGCUGUCCUCAUCUGCUCUGACCACAAGAUGGCGCACUGGAGCCGUGUUUAGCUUUCUGAUCUGUGUUGCGGCUUGUUGGUAUUGAAAUAAAAGGCGGACAAAGA